AUGGGCGUAGUUAAUCUCUCCAAGGCGUUCCUAGACUAUAAUCACCACUUAGCGCAGCGCCGCGCCGGCCGCAGCAGCAAGAGCAAAGCCCUGGUUCUUAGACUCAGCAAAGAGCGAUUCCAGGAAGGGUGGGAGUUAGGAGAGGGGCGGACUAUUAAGGACGAUAUAGACCUGCGGUACGGCGCGGGGAUGGACGCGGAGUUUAGUAUCACGGAGGACGGGAGAGGCGUGUUUUCCGGAUACGUGUUCACGCGCGGGGGGUAUGUGGAGGCGAAGAGACGGAUCGCGCUUCCAGAGGGAUUGUCGUUUGGACGCUUCGAGGGUCUGGUGUUCCGGUUCGUGUCGGACGGCAAGCCAUACUCGCUGGUGCUGCGUGUGGCGAGGGAUGGGACGCGCGUGGAGAGAAUGGGGGAGGAUGGGGAGAUUUUGGUGGAAGAAGAGGAGGAGGUGGAGGAGGAGGAGUAUGAGUAUGUGGCUGUUGUUAAGACAAGGAAAGGGCAGAACACGAUCCGCGUCCCCUUCUCUGCCUUCCGCGCAUCAUCCCCGUCUGACCCGCCGCUUGAUCCCACUCUCAUCUCUUCCCUCGCUCUGCGAUACGAGCAGCGUCGCGCGAAACCAUCCGUGGCAGCGCCCCUGCCACCGGGCCGGGCGGCAUCCAAGGCCGGCGCAGAAGGGGACAACGCCGCCGCCCCUGCCGACCCAAACAGCUUCAAGCUCGCUCUGCAAUACGUCAAGGCCUUUCCUGGAGGAGAGGAGACGGACUUUGUGUUGGUGUCAUGUUCAGGAGCAGGAGUGCCGGAGGAGAGGAGAGAGACCGUUGUCAAGGCCAAGAUGGCAGCAGAGACGCAUCUGCGCAACAGCGGGCUGGGCUACACCAUUGUGCGCCCAGGGCCGCUGCUGGAGGAGCCGGGGGGGAGGAAGGCUCUGGUGUUCGACCAGGGGAACAGAAUCACGCAGGGUAUCAGCUGUGCUGACGUGGCAGACGUGUGUGUGAAGUCUCUUCAUGACCCGACAGCCCGUAACAAGAGCUUCGAUAUCUGCUAUGAGUAUACAGACAAUGCGGGUCUAUAUGAACUGGUGGCACAUUUACCUGAUCGAGCCAACAACUACCUCACACCUGCCCUCGCCCAGCUGGAAAAGAACACUUGA